UGAAGUUAGCUGACGCCACCCAGAGGGACUGGCCCUAAAACGGUGAUCCGGGAGCAAAGCCCUCACUGUUACUUCCGCUUCCUUCAAGGGACAGUCGGAGCCUCCCCAUCUUUCUCAGCCAGGUGGCGGCGAUGUUUGGGCUCAAGAGGAACGCGGUCAUCGGGCUGAACCUGUACUGCGGCGGCGCCGGGCUGGGAGCCGGCAGCAGCGGCGCCACCCCGCCGGGAGGGCGGCUUUUGGCUUCGGAGAAGGAGGCCGGGGCCCGGCGGGAGGUAGGCGGAGGGGAAGCCGGCGCGGUGAUUGGCGGAAACGGCGGCGGGGGGCCCCCCGCCGCCCCCCCACCCGGCGCGAGGGUCGCGCGGCCCGCGCCUAUUGGCGCUGAGGUGCCCGACGUCACCGCGACCCCCGCAAGGCUCCGGUUCUUCGCGCCCACCCUCCGCGCGUUGUCGCCUGAGGAGAUGGAGGCCCCGGCCGCCGACGCCAUCAUGUCCCCCGAAGAGGAGCUGGACGGGUACGAGCCCGAGCCCCUCGGGAAGCGGCCAGCCGUGCUGCCCCUGCUGGACUUGGUCGGGGCGGCCAGCGAUGGCGCCAGCACCGACGGGUCGCUGCCCUCGACGCCGCCCCCCGCGGAGGAGGAGGAGGACGAGCUGUACAGGCAGUCGCUGGAGAUUAUCUCUCGAUACCUCCGGGAGCAGGCGACCGGCGCCAAGGACGCCAAGCCCCUGGGUGCGUCGGGGGCCGCCAGCAGGAAGGCACUGGAGACGCUCCGGCGGGUCGGGGACGGCGUGCAGCGCAACCACGAGACCGCCUUCCAAGGCAUGCUUCGGAAACUGGACAUCAAAAACGAAGACGAUGUCAAAUCUUUGUCUCGAGUGAUGGUCCAUGUUUUCAGUGACGGCGUAACAAACUGGGGCAGGAUUGUGACUCUAAUUUCUUUUGGUGCCUUUGUGGCCAAACACUUGAAGAGCAUAAACCAAGAAAGCUGCAUCGAACCAUUAGCCGAAAGUAUCACAGAUAUUCUCGUAAGGACGAAACGAGACUGGCUAGUCAAACAAAGAGGCUGGGAUGGGUUUGUGGAGUUCUUCCAUGUAGAGGACCUAGAAGGCGGCAUCAGAAAUGUGCUGCUGGCUUUUGCAGGUGUUGCUGGAGUAGGAGCUGGUUUGGCAUAUCUAAUAAGAUAGCCUUGUUAAGUGCAAUAGUUGACUUUUAACCCUCUAGCCACCAAAACCACAUACAUCUGUGAAAUCAAAUGUAUUUGUGAAGUUGGACUUCCAGCUGACCAGGCCGUAACCUGCAAGAGUUCCACUCUAGCAACCUAGCCAGACAAGCAAGUGGCAAGAGGAUUAUGGCCAUCAGGAAUAAAUACAAGGGAAAAGUGGCCCCCCUUGAAGAGUCUGAAGAAGCAGUUUGGUUUCAGCAACAACAAGCAGACUUUGGGAGACCGCGGAGAAAGACUUUUAGAUUUAGUGAAGAUGGUAGGGUGGAAAGACUUAAUUUCCUUGUAUAGAACAGGAGAGUGGCCAGUAGCCAGGCUAGUCAUAGAUUUCACUAAAUAUGCACACCAAAUUCACUAAUUUUCUGUAGUGUUAAAAGCACUAACAGUGUCAGUGAACGUGAAAUGGAUUUUAAGCUACAAGUAAACUAUGACUAGAAGCCUCAGUACUGUACAACAGUGUGUGAAGAAGGGAAGCUUUUCCUCUGUUAAUAGCUUUCCCAAGUAUAUUUCUUGAAGAAUAGAAAGUCCAGGUGUUCAGGACUUCUAUCUAUACCUGUCCUACUUUGGCUCGGUUUGAUGAUUGUUAGUGUAUUAACCUAGUAAUGGCCAAGGAUACUUGACUUAAGGCUCAAUAAUUAGUUACAAAUAUGUAAUACCCUCAGUUUUUAAGAAAACUUGUAAAUGUAUUUGUCUGUAAAAAUUGUAUAUAUUUUUACAGAAAGUAUUUCUUUGAAGCAUAAAAAGAACAGUUUCAAAUUCGCAUUAGUUUUUUUCAUAACCCUUUUGAAAUUUGCAGUCUGCAGCUAGGGACCUAUUUCUUAGAGCUUUUCUAUUCUAAACCUUGUCCCAGUCAGUUCUAGAGUAUAUUCAGAAGCAAUUGAGUUAAUUAUAUUCAACUUGGUUCUAGUGGAACAAAUCUGAUUCACGACUAUGCAGGCUUUAAUUUUCAUACCUGGUUUUUUGAAUUACUCCCUAGAUUUAUCUCUGAAGACCUGGAAUCCUUUUCACUUUCUUAUAUGUAGGUUUUCAAUAAUUGAGUCAAAGUGGAGUCUUAAGGUUUGGGCCUGGGGGGCUGGUUUACAAAUAAUGGGCUCUGAUUGGGUAACUACUCAUUUGAGUUCCUUCCAUUUGAGCUCAUUUAAAUGGUGAGAUUUAAACUGAGUUCAUGAGCUCAUCUUUAAAACUUUUACUAAAAGAUUUUCAGCUGUUCCAUAUGGGACUUAUUAGCUAUGUGUAUAAAAAGAUCACAUCAGGUGGAUGAGAGACAUUUGAUCCCUUGUUUGCUUAAAAAAAUUGUAAAAUGGCUUGGGAAAGCAGGCUAGAGUGAACAUGGUGCUAUUAUUAGGCUUGCUUGUUAAACACAGGUCUAAGCCACUAGUAUGUCAAUAAAACAGAUACUUAUUGUUUCAUUUCUAUUAAUGAUUCCCAAGCUUUGUUUCAAAUUUUUGCAUUGGCAUUUCUUUUGGAUUUCAGACUUGAUGUUUUAUCAAACUUUGUUUCUUGUCCUUGAAAUAUUUGCUGCUCCUGCUCCCUUUACAGAUACAUCAGUUCCUACAUCUUCACCCGCCACCCCUGAACUCUCUUACUAGCCCUUUUAGAUUCUGCCACUAAGACCCUUGUGACCCUCCCACCCCCCACCUCUACCCCUCGUCUCCCCCACCCCAGAGUCAGCAGAUCUUCAUUUUUCAAGAAUUUUAUCCUUUUGGGAAGUGGUUGACACCAAGGAUGUUGUGUCAGUAAUACUUGAGUAAUGGAGAGAGUCCCUUUUCCUUGGAUUGGUAACUUUGUAUCAGUCGUUGCUUUUUCCUACCUUUGGGGGUAAAAGUUUCAAAAGUCCCCUUCGGAAUUUUCAGAAGAGGGAACUGCAUUUUACUGACUUUCUGAAGUUUCCUUCGGGUUUGAAUAUGCUCACUCACUGAAAGAAGUGGGCUCUCUUAAACCUCAAUUACAUAAAAGCUACUGGUAAACCCAAAGCCAGCCUCUAUAUGGAACCAGGGUCAUUCUGAAAGCUUCAGCCUCAGAGGUUGACCUUUAGUCUGUGGACUCCAGAUAAAAAUAGACAUAAAUAAAAUGACUAAGAAUGUAAUGGGGGAGAAUCACCCUGCCUGCCCAUCUCAGAGCCAUAAAGUCAUCGCACUAGAGCUAUUUUUACCUGUGUAUUUAUCGUUCUUGUUCAUAAACCACUUAUUUAUAUCAUGUCUAUCUCUGUGGACCUAAAAGCACUUUAUGUAGUUUUAAUUAAUCUUAAGAUCUGGUUAAGAUGACUAAAAGGCCUGUCUUCCCGUUUCCAGUUGUGGAAAUAAGUGCAUAGAUAUAGACUGGUGUUUAGGGGCCUCACUUCCAAUUCAGUAGGUGUGACUAUUGGAAUACAGAUGACGAUCUUGAUAUUUUAGGCUUGCGGAGCCCAAGUGGUUGGGGAAGGGGGGCAGUGGUUGGUUUGUAGGGAGUGGAGGCACGUGGUCCAAGUGCUGACUAGCUGCAUAGUUCAGGAAAUUUCUCCAGAAUGGAAAGGGAGGGGCUGCUUAGAAAGAUGGCUCUCAGCGACUUCUGUUUGUCUUACGCUUCUCUCAGGGAAAAACAUGCAGUCCUCUGGUGUCCAUGUAUGUUCUGUGGGAGUAAACACCUUGGUUCUGGUUAAACAGCUAGUGCUUUUUGACAGCUGUGCCAGGAAAGGUAAGGACCAACUACAAAUGUGGGUUGUAAAAUGUAGCGUUUCCCUAACUUCCUGUUUUUCCUGAGAAAAAUAAAUCUUUUAUUCAAAUAUAA